AUGCCUUCAUCAUUUAUUCGGAAGCACGUACGCGGUCUUCUUCGAAAUAAGUUCGGACCAUCAACAAGUCUGGAUAACGAAAAUCAGAAGAGGCGCUGGUCAGUCACCGAAACUAAUGAUAACAUAGUCGUUAAAUCGGUAGCGGAAUUGGCUUUUGAAGAAGAAAACGCGGUAGUGGAGGAACAGAAGUUGGUCACGAGAAGGGAACACUUAAAAGAAGAUGAACCAACUACACCACGUGGAGAUGACAACUCGGAACUUCAGAAUUUCUUGGGAGGAAUCGAUCUUCGUAGACAUGAAUUCCCAGAAGUUUAUUUUGGAAAAACUGGGUUAGACCUACCAGCAAUUCAGUUGGAAGCUUUAGACGGAGAUGUUUUCGGAUCCUACACUGGACCAGAAGGCGGAUUGACAGAAGUUGGAGAAGUUCGACAAGGAGUUCAGAUGGUUCGAAUGGCAAAUAUUGAUGAUGAGAUGUCGUUGUCAAUUGAUGGAACCACGGACGAGGAAGCAGAAGAUGAAGAAGAUUUAGAUGCUCCAAUCUCUAUGAAUCUGAAAAAGAGCUCACGACAUUCAUUACUUCUCGGAUCGUGCUCCUCUAUUCUUGGUCCAAAUGGAGAGCAUCAUGAUUUCAGUGCAGGCCGACCGUCUGCUGAAGACUACGAUUGGAGCGCUUAUCACGAGCAAGGAGCAUAUGGAAUGAGUGUGUCCUUAUAUGAGAAGAAUCCAAUAACUGGAGUGAAUGCUGGCGAGCCAAUUGCUGAUGUUUGGGGAGUUGUUGGAAGAAGUAACAACGGCGUUUUGGCAUUGGCUGAUGGUGUCAACUGGGGUGAAGGUGCGAGAUUAGCAGCAAGAUGUGCAAUUCGAGGAGCAAUUGAUCAUCUGAAUGCUCGAGUAAUCAAAGAUUCUUUAUCAGAUACUACAGAAGUAUUCCAUGAAAUGCUUGCUGCUUUCCAUUCAGCCCAUUCAUUGAUCCUUCAAGAAGGAGGCAUGCUCACAACUCUCUGUGUGGCUCUAGUCGCUCCAGUUAAACGUGGAAAUGGAUGGGCUCUUUGUGUCUGUAAUGUCGGAGACUCUCUUUGUUUCGUCUACAAUCGCCACUAUGGAGUUCGAGAAGUGACACUGGGAAGCCAUGAUAUUGAUCAAAUGAGAGAUAUGAGAGAUGCUGGAGGUGCUCUUGGACCAGUCGAUGGAAGGAAUCCGCAACUUCAUAACUUAACUUGCUCAAUGACAUUCGUAGAAGAAGGAGACGUUGUAUUCAUUACUUCUGAUGGCGUUUCAGAUAACUUUGAUCCAGUUGUUGGAAAGUUUUGCGUCAUAAAGAAAAUUGAACAAGAGAAUAAGGAGAAUGCUCUUCGUCCAAGAGAAGAUAGAACCUUGGAUGUAUCAACACGUGGUGGAGAUAAGAACUCAGAAUAUGCCAGAAAUCGUCCAUGUGCUGCUUCUCUUCCAUGUGUAGAUGCUGCAAAACGUCAUGAGCUAAUGUUGGUCAGAAUGAGAGAUGUCAUUGCAAAUGGAUUUGGAAACGAAACUCCAAGAGGACCAGAAUCGGAAUAUCUGUAUCCACCAGUUACUGCAUCCACUCUUUGUCAUCGUCUCAUUCAUUUUGCGACUCAACUGUCCAUGGCAAAACGCAGAGUAUUGGAAAAUCCAGAGUUGUACAAACGAGACAAGAUGACCAAGGCAGAACAAAGAGCCAGAAGAAAAAUGGUCCGUGAGAGGAUAGCUGAUAUGCCUGGAAAGCUGGAUCAUGCAUCUGUAGUAGCUUAUCAUGUUUCUCGACGUGGAUUAAAUAAUGAACCUUCCACACCACCUGGCGGCCUUCAGCAGUCUGAAACAGAGAAGAUUCAAUUGGUAUCCACAACUUCAAUUAGCUCAUCUGAAGCUAUGGACACGGAGCCAACGGUUGCGUUGAAACUGGAGAGCUCGACGUUCGCUCGUGUUGCAUCAGCUCAGUGCGUGGAAUAUCUUAUGGGAGAAUCUCGGAGUACUGAUCCAACAGAAGCGACCAUCCAGGAGCUUCUGCCUCCGUCUCCGAUGAAAUCAAAACCUGAGCAACUGAUUCUACAUGGUUUAGUUGAUAAACCAGUGAAAGAGAAGAACAACAACACCCCAAUUGUUACAAAUGGAAUUGAGAACAGACCAGUCAGUCCAUAUGAACAACUACCCAUUAGUUCUCGUGAAGCUGGUAAACGCAGAAAGAAACACGGAAGAGGUUCAAUUGGACGUCACACUUUGGGAGUUGACGUUCAAUGGCUUAAGAAACUUGUGACGAAAAAAGAAGAACAGAAGACUGCAGAUGAUAUCAGAGGUGACGUGAGCUUAAGUUCUGCAAGCACGGAUCGCACAACUCUUCGUCAACGUAUCAGAAGCAUGUUGGGUUCGAAUCGAAAUCUUGCCAAUUCGGACCAAUCCACUGUGAAAAUCUCUAUGAAAGCUACGAAUGUAUAA